AUGGAGAUUCACACUGCAUUAACCGAAAUCCCUACUAGCUUGAAGGAGUCCCUCGAUUGGGUUACAGCUAUCAAGAAAUGCGGAGCCGCUACUCUUCUUGCCAAGGCUGUUUACGAUUUUUUAUUGCACUCUUCCCCGGCAGUCGGCGUAGCACCAACUGUUUCUAGUGAGGCUGAGUUAGUUGAUGCUUCUGAUGCCACUAAAGAGGAGGGUAGCCGUCCCAAGAGUCACCUUAUGGGAUCUGAACCGAGAUCUCUUCAUGUGCCCACCAAGUGGUAUGACCCCCUCAUGGUUAAGCUGCACAUUAAGAAACCAAUUCAGACGGAGGUCUUACCCGAGGUGUUCUUAGGCCAUGUAGCCCAGUCUUGCAUCGGCAUUUCUGAUAUGGUCUCACAUAUUAAGAAGAGCGAGACUUACGUUUCGUCAUAUGGACCUACUGCUACCUGGGAGAGAGAUUGUGCAAAAGACCCCUCAGUUUGUGCUCGUAUAUUUGUCUCCAUGGUAGCGCCUACGCACGAGGCUUUCAAAAUCAUCAAAUAUUACUGCACUAACAGUUUACACGACAGCAGCAGCAGAAUAGACGGCACCGGUAUUUUCACUGCGGGGAGUGUAUUUGAAGCUCUAGGAUACCCACUUGAACAGCUUUCCCAUGAAGCGACCUGCGGUACUUUUGAUAAGGUUCGCAAGACUUUCUGGCGUCACUUCAGUCUUAUAUACCACCUUGUCAAGGCUCACUCUUCAGAACCCGAUGCCUUUGAGACAACAGGCUUCAACCCAUACUUGGAGGACGCCCUUAUAACUGCUGCCAUUGCUGGAGCGACUGCAGCUGGAGGCUUCUGA